CAUUUGUACUUGCCAACUGUCUUGGCUUUCCUCUAGCAGUGUGUUUCGUGUGUAAUAAAAUGGCGUCCAUUUGCCAAACGUCACUUAUCGUAGAACAGAACAUGACCAUGUUUCACCCAAAAGCAGGGAAAGUUAUCCUGCAUGGAGGUAAACUCUAUCCAUACAAUAUUGACUUGAAAACAGCAACUAUUGACGACAUUGUUCCUAAAGAAGAAGUAAUCAUUGCAAAUGGCAUUCAAAGACCUGUGGUAGUUUUCAACGGGACUCUUCCGGGGCCUGAUAUAAUAGUUUAUGAGGGACAAACAUUGUUUAUAACAGUCACAAAUAAAUUACCGUCGGAAAUUCUUGGCAUACAUUGGCAUGGCAUGCAUCAAAGAAAUACACCUUUCAUGGAUGGGGUAUCUUUUGUAACACAAUGCCCCAUACUACCUGGACAAUCUUUCACAUACAAGUUUCAAGCAUAUCCUAAAGGAACAUUUUGGUACUAUUCCACGAUAGGAUCUCAGAGAAUCAAUGGAGCGUCUGGGGCUUUUAUUGUUCAUUCUAGAUCAGAAGAUAAUCCUGAACAUAUUCUACAAGUUCAAGAUUGGUACAAUCGACAGCAUGUAACUGAUUAUUUGACAAACGCUCUAUAUGUUGAUAAUUUUAAUUCACCUAAACUCCCUACUGAUGGCAUGUUCGCUCCUGAUGAUGCUCUUAUAAAUGGAAGAGGAGGCGGAAAUUCAAUUCCAUUUUACGUGUUUCGAGUCAAUGAAUAUGAGACAUCUUACCGGUUCCGUUCAAUAAAUGUAGGGGCAUUUUUACCAUUUCGAAUUUCCAUUGAUGGCCACACAAUAAGAAUACUGGGAUUUAACGGAUACAGCAUCAAGUCCCUACCUUUUGAUUCCUUUAUCCUUUACCCUGGAGAGAGGAUUGAGUUUACUGUGUCAAGAAUAAGCUCCGAUGUUCAGAACUUCUGGAUAAGAGCAAACACUUUAGAAAAAGUUAGUAAUGUUGAGGUACGAACUAUAUUAAGAUAUAAAAAGGUUGAUACAGUAAAUCCUAAUACAUCCAAAAAGUUUUGCACAUUAACAGAUCCCUGUUUGGUGUUCAAUUGUCCAUUUAAACACGAUCUAGAAGAUCGAAACACAAAGUGUAUAACUGCUGAUCAUGUAUUUUCCAGAGAACCGUCCAUUUUUCCAAAGUUAAUAAAUAAACGUCACUUCAAAGAAUACUUUUUUAACUUUGGCUUUUCUGGAAAAUCAACUUCUGUAAAUGGAAGGCAGUUUUUGUUCCCCCAAGUCUCAGCUCUGACGCAACCAAAUAGUAUAUCAAAUCUCUGCACCAAAGCCAAUUGCAAUGAGAAAAAAUUAUGUCAGUGCACUAACUCUUUAAUCCUUCUUCAUAAUGAUACACUCCACUUUGUUCUAACCAAUCUUGGCUUUGGGAAUGGAUGGGCACAUCCAAUACAUUUGCAUGGACACUCAUUUGAGCUUUUGAAAAUGGGAUUUCCAGUAUCUGAUAAAACCAAUGGACAUAUCAUUUCUCAGAACAACGAAAUCAAAUGUAGAAGAAAUGUGUACAUUUCCGAAGAAAAUAUCGUCUGUAAAGAAGUUAUUUGGAGUGAUCCAUCUUGGAAAAAUGGGAAUGUCCCUGGACUAAACCUUAAGAACCCUCCCAUCAUGGAUACAGUCAUUAUUCCUAGUGGUGGAUAUGUAGUCAUUAGGUUUAGAGCCAACAAUCCGGGUCUUUGGUUGAUGCACAGUCUUGUUGACCAUCGAUCACAAGGGAGCAUGUCUGUUAUGUUGAAUGAAUCGUUCCCAUUUAUUCCUAAACCUCCUUUAAAUUUUCCUAAAUGUGGCAAUUUUAAUGACGUGCCUUUUCCGUUACAUUAAAUUGUUAUAAUAUUUUUCAAUUUCUGUCAAUGUUUCAAUUCAGUUUAUUGUAUUUUUGUGAUAUUUUGUCCAGUUCUGAAUAGUUUAAUUUUCUUUGAUGUUUGUAUAUUAAUAAGUCACACAAAAUUUGAACAAAGCGUAGAAUAUUCAAAU